AUGCAGAAUUCUUGGGAAUUGUUGUGGUAUUGUGUACGCACGAUCUUCUCUCUUGGCUCAUUUCAAUUACUGACGGUGACUGCCCUUGUUGUAGCCGCCACGGGUAAUGGAACUUUCGGGCUUCAUAAGUGGGAUUUUCCAGUCUCUCAAUUAUUAUCCGACCGCAAUUUAAUUACAACGGCCCUAUUACCUUGGCUCACGCCUCUCACUCUGGGCUUAGUGAAAACAACCAUAUUUUUAACAUACAUGGAAAUCUUCCGUAGCAUCAAGUGGAUGAGAAUGGCGUGUCUCAUCAGUCUUUCAUUCACCGUCUUAUGGUAUUUUUCGAUCACCAUUGCUGCUUUAUGCUUGGCUAUUCCACUAGGAGGCGGUAGAUGGGUGAAGCACCUGUUUACCGCACAUAGUGUUAUUGUAGCAUCCAUAAUGAGCGUUGUGUAUUGCGCUAUCCACGGGAGCGAAUAUGGGGACAACACUUGGUGGUUGGUACCUAUAAUUUCAGUUACGAUUACCGAAACACUCAUUGGUUUUAUCAUGGCCUGUGCGUGGCAUUUUUCCAAAUUCCUGCGCACAUAUGAAGAGUAUUUUUUGAGAGCUGGCUCGAUACUCGCAAAUUUGUUUUGCUGCAGAUGCAAAGUUUCUCGGGGUAAAAAUUCUGCAGAACCCAAAAGUAGUGAAGCACCCGAUACUUUGGAUGAUUUAAAGAUGUCAGGGUCAAAGGUAUCUCGAGAAAAGGUUAAGCUACCUCCAAAGAUGUAUCCCGGUCUCGAUUUUACGUCUCGCGGUGGAACCGUACCGGCGACAGAAUUGGAUAAAAAUGAAAACAUCCCAAAUAGCAAAGAGAACCAUAAGGUCGACAGUAACAUGGAACAUGCUCAGGUUGAGAAGGAUCCCACGAUAGGCGAGAAUGAGAUAUUACCAACAAGGUGA